AACACUUGAUUUAAUCAGUUCCGAAAAUGGUGCUCAUCAUUUUGACCUUUUUGCUGGUCCUGUGCGUGCUGCUCUAUAAAAUUUCCAUGGCUCCGUAUAAGACGUUCAGGGAACGCGGCAUUGUGCAUGAAACGCCAAAGCCGCUUAUAGGAAAUCUAAAUUUGUUGGUUUUGCUGGGACGUGCGCCGUUUUUGAAGUAUCUCGUCGAUCGGUAUUUAGAGCUGAAGGAUCACAAGAUCUAUGGCUUCUACAAUAUGCGUGAGCCGUUCUUUGUGCUGCGCGAUGUGGAGCUAAUCAAGCGCGUGGGCAUACAGGACUUUGAGCAUUUCAUCAAUCAUCGCCCCAUGAUACCCGAGGCGGGCGCAUCGAUGUUCACGAAGAGCCUGAAGGAGCUCAAGGACGACAAGUGGCGGGAAAUGCGCAACACUCUGACACCAUCUUUUACGAGCAGCAAGCUGAAGGCCAUGUUCGAGCUGAUCAACGAGUGCAGCGUGGAGGGGGUGCGUUACAUUGAGGGGGAGUUGCUGAAGGCAAACACCGGAGAAAUCGAGCUGGAAAUGAAGGAUUACUUUGGACGAUUUGCCAAUGAUGUUAUAGCCUCUGCGGCGUUUGGCAUAAAAGUCAACUCAUUUGUGGAUAAAAAGAAUCAGUUUUAUACGCUUGGAAAAUCGGUGGCGCAUUUUUCCUAUCUCGUCAUGCUCAAGGUUAUUCUAUAUGGCCUAAUGCCGAGGGUUAUGAAGGCGCUGCGCAUUAAGCUCUUUAAUGCCAAGAAAAUCGAAUACUUUAACAGUCUCGUAUUCGAUGCCAUGAAAUAUCGCACCGAACAUAAUAUAAUACGACCCGAUAUGAUACAUUUGCUGAUGGAGGCCAAGCGUCAGUUUCAGCAAAAUGGCAUACCGGAGCACUCGACGGAGCAUGCGGAGUUCAACGAUGAGGAUCUGCUGGCGCAGUGUUUAUUAUUUUUCUUUGUCGGCUUUGAAAUAAUGUCCGCGAGUCUCUGCUUUCUCACCUAUGAGCUCUGCCAGAAUCCUGCGGUUCAAGCGAAACUAUAUGAGGAGAUUCUAUCCGUGGGACAGGAGCUGCAGGGCAAACCGCUCAACUAUAACAUGCUGUCCAAGAUGAAGUAUAUGGAUCUGGUUAUAUCGGAAUUAUUGCGUCUAUGGCCGCCUGCCUUUAGUCUGGAUCGGGUGUGCGGCAAGGAUAUUGAUAUGUUCGAUGAGAACAGGGAAUUGCUGGCCAAGUUCAGGAAGGGCGACGUUAUAGUAAUACCCAUCAUAGCAUUGCAGCGUGAUCCUGACAACUUUCCGGAACCCGAACUAUUCAAGCCCGAGCGUUUCUUGGAGGAAAACAAACCCAAUAUAAAGCCGUUCACGUAUCUGCCCUUUGGCCUGGGACCGCGCAGCUGUAUAGGCAAUCGAAUGGCGUUGAUGGAGGUGAAAUCCAUAAUCUAUCAUCUAGUGAGUAAAUUUCAAUUGGUGCCAGCUGAGAAAACGGUCCAGAAUAUGAUGCAGAGCUUGAAGGGUUUCAGUAUGCAGCCCAAGGAAAAGUUUUGGAUCAAAUUGGUGCCUCGAGAAUCGGCCAAAAUAUAUUCAAAAAAAAGUAGAAAAAUGUUUUUAAUUAUUUGUACACUCGUGAUCGUAUUGCUAGCGCUGCUCUACAAAUGGUCCGUGGCCAAUUACCAGAUUUUUGCGGAUAGGGGUGUGCCCUAUGCGAAGCCCAGCCCGCUGCUGGGCAACAUUGGCCUGAAGGAACUGUUUGGUGCUGCGCCCCAUUUCAGCAGGCAAAUCGAAGAGCAUCGGGAAUUUCGAGACGCUAAAGUUUAUGGCUUUUUCUUUCUGCGUGAUCCCAUAUUUGUGGUGCGUGAUCUGGAGCUGAUCAAGACUGUGGGCAUCAAGGAGUUCGAUCAUUUCGUGAAUCAUGUUGGCACCGAGCAAAUUAAGACGCUGCUGUCCAAGAGUCUGAUCCGGCUGCAGGAUCGCGAAUGGCGGGAAAUGCGUAAUAUAUUAUCGCCCAGCUUUACCGGCAUCAAAAUGCGUGCCAUGUACGAGCUGAUCAAUGUCUGCAGCGAGGUGGGCGUGGCAUAUAUUGAACAGCAGCUGAAAGAGGCGCCGGGCCCGGGCGAUGGCAUCGAGCUGGAAAUGAAGGAUUUUUUUACGCGUUUCACCAACGAUGUCAUCGCUUCCGCUGCGUUUGGCAUCAAGGUCAACUCGUUCGAGGAGAAGGACAACAAAUUCUUUCAAAUUGGUCAGACUGUGACCAAAGUCAAGACUGUGGUCGUGAUCAAGGCGAUACUUUACACUUUUAUGCCCAGAUUAAUGAAGGCUUUGCGAGUCUCGAUCCUGGAUGAAACGACGGUCAACUACUUCAGAUCCCUGGUUUUUGAUGCCAUCAAAUACCGUGUGGAGCACAAGAUAAUACGACCAGAUAUGAUUCAUCUGCUGAUGGAGGCGCAACGCAGGGCUGACGAUGCCGAUGAGUCGGGCAAAAAGUUCUCAGAUGACGAUCUGCUGGCCCAGUGCCUGCUCUUCUUCGCCGCGGGCUUCGAGACGGUUUCCACCUGCCUCUGCUUUUUCACCUAUGAAUUGUGUAUGAAUCCGGCUGUGCAAAAGCAGCUCUACGAGGAAAUCCUGAGUGUGGAGCAGCAAUUGCAGGGCAAACCCCUGGACUAUGACACACUAAUGCAUAUGAAGUACAUGGACAUGGUCGUUUCGGAAGUAUUACGCAAGUGGCCGCCGGCAUCGAGAACGGAUCGCGGCUGCGGUGCAGAUAUCGAUUUACGGGAUGAAAACAAUCAAGUUGUCGUCUCGCUGAAGAAGGGCGAUCGCAUAUUUAUACCCAUUAUGGGCUUACAUUAUGAUCCCGAGCAUUUUGCAGAGCCCGAAGAGUUCAGGCCCGAACGGUUUUCGGAGGAAAACAAACAUGAAAUUAAGCAAUUCACGUAUCUGCCAUUUGGCGUGGGACCCCGCAAUUGCAUUGGCAACCGUAUGGCGCUCAUGGAGGUCAAGUCUAUGAUAUACCAUUUGCUGAUCAAGUUCGAGCUGUUGCCAUCUCAGAAGACUCCCAAGGACAUGAUGGGUGACAUCCUGGGCUUUCAGAUGGUGCCCAAGAGUAAAUUUUGGAUUAAAUAUGUGGCCAGAAAAACUGACAAGAACAGACCCUAA